GACAACUCCAGGCCCUUUCACGCUACACAGGACUGAACGAUCACGAGAGUGAAUGAUACUCCUCCCAACCAAUAGGAAUUCAAGGCGGCUAUAGAUGAUGUUUUUUUUUUUAAACCGGACGUUUAAGCCGCAGAACAAGAGAAGGCGUGGCCUCGGUUGCUAAGAAGCGGCUUGGGGAUAGCGUGUGUCGCUAGUUGCGUUUUUUUUCUCCUGCUUUGAGAGCGCUCCAGCGGUGAGGUGGCGGUCGGGAAGGCGGAGGUGGCUGGACCAUGAACCAAGAGGAAAGAUUUGCUUUCAUUGCAGAAUGGUAUGAUCCAACUGCUUCACUUUUUCGGCGCUAUGAGCUUCUGUAUUACCCUACAGACGGAUCAGUGGAAAUGUAUGACAUGAAGAAUCGCUCCAAAUUCUUGAAUCGCACUAAAUAUGAAGAUCUGAAUUUUAAAGAUCUCUUUGUGGGCAACAGAAUUACUAUUUUUUCACGCCACCUCAAUUUGGUAGACUAUGCCGAUCAAUACACUUCUCGCUUGUUGGGCAGUUGCAAAGAAAGAACCUUGGCAUUAUUAAAACCAGAUGUAGGACUCAGAAUUGGAGACGUUAUUGAUAUGAUUAUUAAUUCUGGUUUUACAAUAACAAAGGCUAAAAUGGUGAAACUUACAAGGGGAGAAGCAAUGGAUUUACAUGCAGACCAUCAAGCUAAGCCUUAUUACAAUGAACUUCUUGAGUUUAUUACAAGUGGCCCUGUUGUUGCCAUGGAGAUUUUGGGAGAUGAUGCCAUAGGUAAAUGGAAACAAUUAUUAGGGCCUGCAAAUUCAGUUGUGGCACGAACUGAUGCUCCAAACAGCAUUAGAGCACGUUUUGGAAGUGACAGCAUAAGAAAUGUGGCUCAUGGCCCUGAUUCCUUUGCCUCUGCUGCUAGUGAACUGGAAUUAUUCUUUCCUUCCAAUGGAGGCCGUGGACCCACUGGCACUGCUAAGUAUACACAUUGUACUUGCUGUGUUAUUAAACCUCAUGCGAUUAAAGAAGGAAUAGCUGGAAAGAUUAUAAAAGCAAUUCUUGAUGGAGGAUUUGAAAUCUCAGCCUUGCAGAUGUUUUAUAUGGACCGAGCAAAUGCAGAGGAAUUCUAUGCAGUCUACAAAGGUGUUGUUUCUGAAUAUUCUGAGAUGGUUGUAGAGCUCUGCUCAGGACCUUGUAUAGCUCUAGAGAUUCGACAGAUAGAUCCUGAAAAAGUGUUCAGAGACUACUGUGGCCCUUCCGAUCCUGAAAUAGCCCGUUAUCUCCGUCCUGGCACCCUCCGUGCUCGCUUUGGUAAAAACAAGAUACAAAAUACUGUCCAUUGUACAGAUUUACCAGAGGAUGGACUUUUGGAGGUGCAAUACUUUUUCAGUAUUUUAGACAGCUAACAGAACAUUGUGAAGUAAAACUGCUUAGAAAAAACAAACUGCAGAAUGGGAAAUGUAUGAUUAUUCAUUUAUUGUCCAGUGUUUAAACCUGAAUGAAAUACAAGGCCCACAAGAGCACUGAACUCCUGGCUAUUACAUAUAUUAGAACAUAGAGUUUUGCACUUUAGACAACAUUUAACACCAAUUGAUGGGAUAACUGCAUUGCUUCUCAAAGUUCAAAAUAAAGAUUUAUUUUCAGACAUGUGGCUUUGGUUUAUUUUUAUACAUUACACCUUUUUCUUGCAGAAAAAAAAUUGUACAACUGCAUAAAUAUAAAAUUCUUCCACCAUGAAAAUGGUUAAAACAUUCAAUAAAGACAGCACCACAGCAUGUGAUGCCUCUCACAGGAAAAGAAGAGAAUAUACAAAGCAAAAUAAUUAUUUCUAUCACUAGUGAAAUUGAUAGGCUGACAUAGGUCUACACACAAUUUUAAAACAUAGGAUGAAAGAGAAAGAAAAAGACACCAAUUGCUACAAAGCACAGUACAUAAUCACUUAUUCUCCAUAGCUUUGUUACAAAGUUAAAGUAAUUUUUCCCUGCCACCACACUAAAUUUAGUAACUACAGAGGAAUAGAAAUUGGGGGAGGCUUCAUGGAGUGCUACUGAAUAAUCACAGAUGGGCCUUUAGCUUUUCAAAACAAAAGAGCCUGUUUGAUGUUAAGGUUUUGAUCUAGAAGUCAAAGGGCUGUGAGUUCUAGUCCCACUUUAGGCAUGAAAACUGGAAGGGUGACUGGGUCAGUCGCACUCUCAAUCCAAUUCAUAUCAUAGGGAUGUUGUUGUGGG